AUGGUGAAUAAAUUUUGGGUUACUGGUAGAGAGAUAACUCAAAACAAUGGGCGUAUUCAUUCUAAUGAAUAUGAGAAUCAAAUCUCCAAUAAUAACUUAUUAUCAAAUACUCGCUUCCAAACACAACAGAAUCCUCUCACAAGUCUCAACAAUUACAGUCAAGAGAGGUAUCAGAAUAACAAUAUUGCUGGUGCUACAACACAACCAAUGGUUCAAUUCUCACUCUCUAGCAACAAUCCUUCUUCCUUCCUAACACCAGCUCGAUAUGGUCGAACAUUGCCUUUGAUUUCAAGAAGCAAUCCUUUCAUUCCUUCUUAUCUUCCAAACUCAUCUCGAAUUCCCUCAUCAAUUUUAGGCAACACUCCUCCCAUUCCUUCAUCUCUUCUAAACUCAUCUCGAAAUUCUUCCUCGAGAUCCGACAACACUCCUCUGGUUCCUCCUAACCCUCCAUACUCGUCUCGAAUUUCCUCAUCAAUUUUGGGAAAUACUUCUCGCAUUCCUUACUAUCCUCAUAAUGCAUCUCAAGAUUCCUCAUCUAAUGGUGUUACAACUGGAUGUCAAAAUUAUUCAAGACCAAUUCUUCAGAAUCAAAUGAAUUUUCGAUAUUCUCCAUAUCGUGAGGGUUCCAAUCAUACAAAUAAUAUCAAUCCUUUAGUAUUAAAUAAUUCUAAUCCUCGUUCAAGGACUGAUUUGAAUAGCUACCAAGGUUUGGAGGAUAUUUCAUUACCUAAUGCAAAUCCUAACAAUAAUAAUAAUAACCCUUUAGUAUUGAAUGAUUCCAAUCCUCGUUCAAGGAUUGAUUUGAAUAACUACCAAGGUUUGAACAAUAUUUCUAUACAAAAUGCAAAUCCUCCUCAACUUUGUCAUAUUAAAACUACUUAUUUAAGCAUGUUUUAUUCUUCAGGCCAUGGAGAAUCUGAUGCUUGGAGAGAGCCUGUGACUACAUCUGCUGCUAGUUUUAAUGAAACACAAACACAAAAGAGAGAGCUACUUCUUUUCAAGGAUGACAAGAAUACAAUUCAAACCAGAUUGGUGAUUGAAAUUGACGAUUCAGAUGAUGAUGAUGAUGAGCAUUUGGAUCUCUCACUUCAUCUUUAA